CACAACUCUCACGAAUUUGAAUAAAGUGUAAUUUUUAAUUUUAUUUCGUUUCCAUAGCUGCACAAACAACAACCAAUUUUCAGUUUAAUUAGGUCACAUUGACGUAAACACAGAGAAAAUUCUUUGUUAUUGAGGGUAAUAGUGAGCAAUGUUACACUUUCUGUUUCUCUUACUUUUAGCAAAUUGCAACUAUGUUUUGUCGAUGGAAAAACAAAUCAUGGAAAAUACACUCAGUAGAAGAUUGAAUAAAAUAAAAAUCACUGGAGUACCUUUUUUAUCUUAUUUAAAAGUGAAGAAAAUUAAUAACACUGUAGUCUUUGAUGGUUUCGACUUUCAAUUUCUGAGUUUAGUCAUUCAAAAUUUGAAAAAUGUUCAAUAUGAAAUUAUUGAACCUGUUGAAAAAGUAUUUGGGAUUAAAUUAGACAACGGCACCUGGAAUGGUGUCAUUGGAAGAAUACAAAGAGAAGAAGCUGAUAUUUGUGCAAAAUUGGUAUAUGCGACUUACGACAGACUUGAAGCAUUGAAAUUUACAACUCCUGUUGCUAUUAGUAAAGUUUUAUUUAUUGUUUCUGGACCUGAACAACUGUCAAAAAUAACGACAAUAAUCAGGCCAUUUUCAUUUCAAGUGUGGAUCUGUGUUUUUGCUUCAUCAUUUGUUACUGCAAUUGCGUUUUACUGUAUUGUUAAAGGAAACGUUUAUUUUCUCCACAAAACGACUUGGUGGACCAUAAAAAAAAUUUGUUGGUUUCUUAUUUGCAGUUUAACCCGUCAAGGCAAGCAAAUACAUAUACAUUAAUUCAACAAACAACUUUUAUUAUAUAAAAAUAUAUUACAAGAAGUGAAAUAAAUCAAGAUAAAAGCACUUCUUCGAAAAUUAUUAUUGGAGUUUGGCUACUGGUGACAACCGUACUUAUAUCAGCAUACAGUGGUGUCCUCUUUUCCUACAUGGCUUAUCCCGCUUAUGAAAAGGUUCCGAGAACAAUUGAAGAACUCUCAAAUGCAGUUAAAAUUCAUGAAUAUUCUUGUGGAACUCUGUCAUAUUCGGCUUAUGAAAAAAUGAUAAUGGAUGCGCCCAAAGGUAUGGUCAGUAUUUUAGGUGAUUACAUAAGAAAUAAUCCAGAUAAAAGAUUUCCUACCAUGAACGAAGGAAUUAAAUAUACACUAAAACAUAAACACGCACAAAUUAUACCUGAAGGUAUGUUAAACUCAUUAACGAUUAAAGAGAAAGAAGUAUUAGUAAUUUCAGAGGAAUCGUUUUCAACUUAUUCAUUAGUAUUUCCUAUGAAAAAACAAUUUAAAUUUGAAAAAGAAUUUAA